AUGAUCAUCUAUUUGACACUAUUGAUGUUCGCUCUCAUAGACCAUGUCACGGCUGCCAUGCCCAAAUUCGUCUUUGCACAUUUUAUCGUGGGCAAUGCAGCGUCUCUCACACAAGAACAGUGGGAAUCAGAAAUCAAAUUAGCCAAACACUCCCUCAUCGACGGCUUCGCGUUGAAUAUAGCCCAACAAGACACAAACACUGAUCAGAUCCUACAAAAAGCGUAUGCCGCAGCAGGACAAGUCGGAAAAUUUUCUCUCUUUCUUUCCUUCGAUUAUCUAUCCGGUGGACCUUGGCCCGUGGACAGAGUAGUCGAUACUAUCAACAAAUACAAAAAAUCGCCGGCACAAUUCUUUUACGACGAUAAACCACUUGUAUCGACAUUUGAAGGGGUGGCCAAUAUCGAUGACUGGCCUACUAUACGCAACAAGUCGGACUGUUUCGCCAUACCAGAUUGGACGAGUCUAGGGUCACAGCGAUUUGCAGAAGUCCGACAGAAUGUCAAUGGCUUCUUCAGUUGGGAUGCAUGGCCUGUUGGUACCGAUGAUAAAACAAUCGACAGUGACCGAACAUGGAGAAACGCUACCCACGGCAGACCUUAUAUGAUGCCCGUUUCGCCAUGGUUUUACACGAAUCUCCCGCAAUGGAACAAAAAUUGGUUGUGGAAGGGCGCACAACUUUGGACGUAUCGCUGGGAACAAAUCUACCGUUUUCAGCCGGAUUUCGUUCAGAUCAUUUCGUGGAAUGACUAUGGCGAAUCGCACUACAUCGGCCCUGUUCAUGUCGAUGGUAUCCCGCAAGGAGCAGCACGAUAUGUCGAGAACAAUUCCCACGAUGCGUGGCGAGAGUUACUGCCAUACUUGAUUGCGUCUUACAAAUUAGGUGACAGAUCCAGAAUACGCAUUACACGAGACACAUUAGUCUACUGGUACAGACCUAAUCCAAAUCAAUCCGGUAGUAAUGGGGGUACGACCGGCAACUGCCCGCAACAGGGUCAACAAGCGAUGGACCCAGCUUCCCUUGCGGAAGAUAAGAUCUACAUCGCUGUUUUGAUCAAGGAGCCGAGCUGGAUUGGUGUACGGAUUGGCAGUAAUAACAACAUAACAAGCUUUUAUGCUCAGCAGGCUGGGCUAAGCACUUUUGAAGUGCCUUUCAAUGGUCAAACUGGGAAUACCACAUUCUGGAUUGUCAGAAACGAGACAGAAGUGGCAUAUGCCACAGGUCCAGCUAUUACGGCUGAUUGUGUUGAUGGGAUGGUCAAUUGGAACGCAGUUGUUGGAUCGAGUCAAGUGGGAUGA